AUUUUUCGGUCACUUCCUUCUCUUCGUCGUCUGUCCAAAUGAUCUGUGAGGACUAAAGCGAGACUAGAGAACAUUUAUCACAUUUGCUGAGGCUCCAAGGUGUGACCGUUGAACCAUGGCGUAUGAUAGCCGUGUUUAGAGGAUAUUUACAGGCCUGGACAGGAGCCUAACCAGAGCUACGGCACCAUGAGGUGACGACUGUGACAUCAGGUUUUUAUUCUGACGUGGACAUAUGGCAAGGAUCAGUUUCUCCUGCCUGCCGGCCUCCUGGUACUGCAGCGUAUCUCUGCUGUCUCUGAGCUGUAUCCCCAGGCAGAAACUUCUGCUGCUGCUGGUCUUCAUCAUGUCUGCCCUCAUCCUCAUGGUCACCUACCAGAAGCAGCUGUGGGGCCCGCAGCGAAGGCCGGGCUCCCGAUUCAACAAGUACCUCUCCAUCGCAGAGUCCAUGGAGGCCACUGACGUCCUCAACCCCGCUCUGAAUUAUGGGAUUGUGGUGGACUGUGGCAGCAGCGGUUCUCGGGUCUUUGUGUACUACUGGCCCCCCCACAACGGGAACCCCCACACCCUGCUGGACAUCAGACAGAUGAAGGACAAAGACCGCAAACCUGUGGUGAAGAAGAUCAAACCUGGUAUCUCCACUCUGGCUAAAACGCCCACUCAAGCCAGCGACUACCUCUAUCCUCUGCUCAGCUUUGCUGCUGCUCACGUCCCGAAGGACAAACACAAAGAGACGCCGCUCUACAUCCUCUGCACUGCUGGCAUGAGGCUGCUGCCUGAGAGCCAGCAGGCGGACAUCUUGGAGGACCUGAUCACUGACGUUCCCUUGGAAUUUGACUUCCUGUUUUCACGCUCCCACGCCGAGGUCAUCUCUGGGAAACAAGAAGGAGUCUACGCAUGGAUUGGCAUUAACUUUGUAUUAGGACGCUUCGAGCACGCUGAUGAGGAGGAUGCCACAGUCGAGGUGACAACAGGCUCUCAGAAUCAGCGACCAAUCAGCAGGCGGCGCACAGUCGGCAUCAUGGAUAUGGGCGGAGCCUCACUGCAGAUUGCCUAUGAGGUGCCGAGCGCCAUCUCUUUCAGUUCACCUCAAGAAGAGGAGGCGGGGAAGAGCGUCAUGGCAGAGUUUAAUCUGGGCUGUGAUGUUGAGCACACACAACAUGUUUACAGAGUCUACGUCACCACGUUCCUCGGCUUUGGAGGAAACAUGGCGAGGCAGCGUUACGAGGACCAGCUGGUCAACAACACACUGGCAAAGAACAGGUUUUUGACCACACAGACGGGCCUGAGCGAGAACAAACCGUACCUGGACCCGUGUCUGCCGGUCGGUCUGUCAGACACGGUUGUCAGGGACAACCGCACGCUGUACCUGAGGGGUCAAGGUAACUGGACAGGCUGUCAGGAGGCUGUGAGACCUUUCCUGGGCCUCCACAACGGCACCAUGUCACCAGGAGGCGUCUACCAGGCCCCUAUAAACUUCAGCAACAGCGAGUUCUACGGUUUCUCUGAGUUCUUCUACUGUACGGAGGACGUGCUGAGGCUGGGAGGGCACUACAACAGUGAGAAGUACUCCCAGGCUGCAAUGGAGUACUGCUCCACCAAAUGGUCGACUCUAAAGCAGCGUCUAGAGAACAAGCUUUUCUCUCAGCAGGCCGACAUGGGCAGACUGAAGUAUCAGUGCUUCAAGUCGGCGUGGAUGUACGAGGUGUUACACUCCGGUUUUCGUUUCCCCACCGACUACACGAGUCUGAAAACGGUUCAGCUGGUUUAUGACAAGGAGGUCCAGUGGACUCUGGGAGCGAUUCUGUUCAAAACCCGCUUCCUGCCUCUCAGGGACCUACAGCAGGAAACGUUGCGGCAGAACCACCCCAGCUGGCUGCGCUCCUCCUUCGUCUACAACCACCACCUGUUCUCGCUCUGCAUCCUGGUGGUGGUGCUGGCCAUCCUGCUCUACAUCCUGCGUCUGCGGAGGAUCCACCAGAGGGAGCAGCGGCAAGCUGAGGCUCUUGACCUCCUCUGGGUGGAAGAGGGCAAGGCCCUCAUUGCCUGAGAAACUCGUCAGCAAUGGAUGGCUCUCAGCGGAUAACCUGCAGGCUCUUUUGUCCUGGAAAAUACUGACCUGCCCAGGACAGACACACGCAAAGACCCCGGAGAAGCAUCCAGGAGACGAGAUAAGAGUCUGGAAACCAGACUCCUCUGAUCCCCCUUUGAUCGGCAGCUUUAAACACAGAGCAGACUGGAAUCAUGUUCUCUGUGCUUUCUGAAAGAAAAGAAUCAAGUUGAGACAACAGGACUGAACAGGAACCAUUCCCAUUUGCUGCUCAUUUCUACGAGAUCCAACGCCGUUUUUCUGUGUAGGCACUCAGUUUAAAGUCAGUUAACUCAGACUCAGUGGGUAGAAAUGUCUCAGCUGCUGAGGAGAGUAGAUAGACCUGGUUUACCGCCAAGCAAGCAGUAUUUAACAAAGGAAAGUGGAUUUGAAGACAAUUACAUCAUUGAUAAAAGAUAAACGCACCUCUCUAAGGAUUCAGGUUAUUUCCCAUGACAACAGCAAAGAAAAUCAUGAAGAACAUCAGUACUUCCUCUGCAGACAGCCUGGUUCAUCAUACCGAGAGCUGUGAGGAUUUUUUUAGAUUUUUUCUGGGGCUUUUUGCCUUUACUUGGAGAGGACAGGACAGUGGAUGGAGCAAAUAACCAGGGGGAUGACAUGUGGAGGAGCUGCAGGUCAGAUUCAAACCCAGGCAGCCCGCUCCAAAUAUCACCUUCCUCACAUGAAGCACAACCUAACAGCUUGGCCAUCUGUGCCCCUAAAGCUGUGAUGAUAAGCUGUGAUAACAGUUAAAGCUAACGUAAAGACACUUGGACAGAUGAUGGAGAUGGAAAACAGCCACCGUGUACAGUAAAAAUGUCUCUUCUCUCCCCAGUUUGAUGUGGCAUGAAGCUGUUAGCUCGUCUCUGAAGCUGGACUCGUGUUUAUGCCGAAUACAACCUGACAUAAUCUGUACGCUGACAUACAGCUAAAACCAGUUCAGAGGAAACAAGGGGUCAAAGUGUGUGCAUGAGGGAGAGUUACAUCGUUGUCUUGACUGCAAAGAGGAGAUGUAGCCGUUGAUAGCUGAAGGAUUAGUAAGGAGACUGUUACAUCACAUCCUCUCAUGUCUGCUUUCUGCUCGCUGCAGAAGACAUACACAUUUUGCCCAUUUUAGUCACUUUUCAAAAAUGUUUUUGAUACAUUUUUUCCUGUUUUUUGACCUUCUUUGCCACCCACCCGUAACUCAUUUUUUCACUUCUCACCCAUUUAUGCCACUUUCUGCCAGUUUUUCUACCAUUGUUUUUCUUAUUGCCACUUUAACCCUUUCUGACAUUUUUCACCUCUUACAUUGUGGCUCUAGCUGGGGUAUUUUUCAACAGUUUGGCUCUUUGGUUGAGCGGGGUGGAGGAACGCUGACCUAGAUCAUCAGUGUGGUCCAUGGAUCUGCAGAGUACGAGGCUGAGAUCAACCACAGACUUGGAUUCACACAUGGGGCGAUGGGUUCACUGGUCAAGACAGUGAAGCAUUCCCAGUAUCUGAGUCUUUCAGUCUUACUAUAUUCUUGUGAUGAUGGCUCGAGGACCAGCUGGAUGACUUCUCUUUGGUGCAUCUUUGGGGUCGUUGUUAGACCGUGUGUCUGAUGCUAAUGUGUUCAGGAGAGCGAGGAUGGGGAGGGUCAUGCCUGUUCUCCUAUCCCAUUCUCCCCACCAAAGACUUGCUCGUUGGGUUGAUUGGUGCUUCUAAAUUGCCCGUGAGUGUGAAUGUGCCUGGCUGUGUCUCUGACUGAGUGGUGACCAGUCCAGGGUGUACCUCUCCUCUUCUCUAUGACAGCUGGGACAGGCUCCAGCUCCCCGCGCCCCCUAAUGGGAUAAGCGGUGUAGAAAAUGAACUGUUAGUCCUUUACUGUUUUCUUCUUCAGGUAAUAGAUGUUAACGUGAAAUUCCCACCUGCAGACAGAUAGAGAAGGUAAAGAAAGGACCACCCUCUGAGAGUCUGUCUUUAACCCCCAGAGACACUCAGCUCUGUGCAUGCUGGGAUAUCAAAGCCGACUAUCGUCAUCAUCAUCAUCAUCAUGAGAGCAGCAGCGUUUUCCUCCCAUCAAACACAGAAAGUGCUUCAUCUCACCGAUUUCCUCGACAGCAAUCCUGCACAUUGAUGAUGUCAGCAGCAGGGCUCAGCAUCAGAUCGUGCUUUGAUACUUAAACGCCACUGUUGUCCUGCCAAGACCCCCGUCUGUCCAGAGCUGAUUACUAUCAAAAGACCAAGCCCAGCCAAGUGGUGUUUUCGCUGAAAUAAGCAGAGAUCUGCUCAGUGUUGGGAUGAUGGCGCUGAAAGCAGACAAAGACUUCAAAGGCCAGAUUUAAGAGCAUACCGUCUGAUUUCUGAGCACAAAGGAACGAGUCUGUAUACGUGGAGAGCCUCUGAGGUUUUCAAUAUGGACCGUUUAGAGAGAGGGCCCUUCGCUGUAAAUCAGUCCACCGGUUUGUCUUUAUUAGUGUCAUCUUAUUCACACAGACUCCAUGUUCAUUUUACGGUUUCUUUACCCAUCAGUAACUGAGAAACCAUGAGAGAUAAACUCUAAAGAGGCUUUUAGUCAUAGAGCCAUUAAUGCAGGACAAAAACAAAGGCUAGCAUUCAACCACACCCUCGCUAAUAUCCCUGUCUGAUGGUGUUAGAUGGAACUAAAUCAUCCCUGCUAACAGGGAUGCUCACUAACUUAUCUGCAUGCAGCUCUUCAGACAGCAUGUUUGGAAAACAACUGAAGGUCUCAUUUGUGGCAGAGGACACCUUUUCCACCUAAAGAGCAAACGAGAGGGCACUCAGUCGUGUUAAUCUCCCGUAAAGGCAUCUCAGAGGGCACUCAUGAAGCAUUUUUUCAAACAUGAGAGCACCGGGGGUGGUUGCUGUCCCUGCCCUCCUCUGAGUCGGCUGGUGUCUCAGGGCUUUGUCUGCUCAGAGGUUAGGGUUAGGUUAAACACUUGUUUAGGGAUGCAUAUUAUCAGCAUCAGCAGGAAUUAGCUUGAAAAGUUGAUUAUCAGUUCGGCACAUAUGAAAACUUCCACCAAUAUUUACAACUACUACACUGGGCUGCACGGUGGUGCAAGGGUUAGCGCUGCUGCCCCACAGCAAGAAGGUUCCUGGUUCACUUCAGGGUCAGGGUCUUUCUGUGUGAAGUUUGCAUGUUCUCUCCGUGCACGCAUGCGUUCUCUGCAGGUACUCCGGCUUCCUCUCACCACCAAAAACACGCUCGUUAGGUUAAUUGGUGACUCUAAAUUGGCUGUAGAUGUGAGUGUCUGUCUCUGUAUGUCAGCCUUGUGAUUGGCUGGUGACCAGUCCUCUGCCUCUCGCCCAGUGACAGCUGGGAUAGGCUCCAGCCCCCCGUGACCCCAGGGGAUAAGCGGUGUAGGAAAUGGAUCGUCAUUCCUGUAGCUUUGAUGAUGUUUUUAAGACUAGACAUUUUUAUUCAUCCUGAAACUUUAAAGUGUGUGUUAAGGACUCAAGUUUUAGGUGUGAAUGACAUCGGCCCAGUUGUGCUCUGAUGGCCCACAUUAGCCCCAUUCCUUAUCUCUCCAGGUAUCCUCCCAGCUGACUCCUCCAGACCCAGGCUGGGUCCGACCACGGGGUCCUGGGCAUCCAGUUAUAUCCAUGACACAUGGAUGAUGUCUGGAUCAGCAAAAAUUAAUCUGUAAAUCUGUGCAUCCUGGAUAUCAGGCAUCCCUGCACUAAUGAAGUAGUUUAAAUAAAGCCUCUGUAAGAACUGUGGCAGGGUUUUGUGCUGAAUUACAUCAGCAUGGGUUAUACAAAAGUUCAAAUGUUCCUCAGUUUGAAUGUAAGUUCUCAUGACUGAGUUUCUGCCCUGCUAGCAUUUAAGGUGUUGCACCAGCUGAGAUAGUCGCAGUGUUGGCUCCAUUUAUAACUCAGAUUUUAAACCUAGCUCCUCGUAGGGUAGAGCCCUCUGUCAAACAUGGCUAAUUUGCAAUAUCCAACAAUAAUGUACCGUCAAAUUUAAGGAUGCAUGAUUUUACAUUUUUUGCCAGUAUCUGAUAUGUAUAUUUUCUAAAGCUAUUUUAGCCCUAUACAGAUAUAUGCACACGUUUUUACUGUAAAAACACCAGAUGUCUCCUGUGCAAAGAUGGGCUAAGAGAGAGGAAGUAGACAGUCUGUUUUAUGUCUGGAGCUUCUCCCAGAAUGUUCAGGACUCACGGUGGAGCUCCUCAGGUGUGUGGCGCUCUAGUGAAGCUUCUAUGAUCGAUGGUACAGUUGCACAUUUUGACAGUAUUUCAAGCUGAUUUAAGAUGUCUACAGCUGAUAUGUACGGCCCGUACAUCAGCAGAAGUUCUCCUAUCUGUCAGUACCAACAUCAGGCUGAUAAAAUCCUGCAUCUCCAGGUAAUAAUCUAUUAUUGACGGUUUGUUCUCACUCUUGUUGUCUAUCACUGGCUCUCUGUUUAGGGUGAAGGCUUUGGUAAUCCAAAUGCUCUGUCAUAUUUUGCACCCACUUCUGAUGCACUUUGAGGACUAGCAGAAGUUAGGGUAAGUCAAACGUCAGAUCUGAUCCAUCUGCGUACUUCUAGAUGAGAUGAACCCUAAAUCUCUGCUGCAGCCACACAGUGGCACAACUGAGGUUUUAACUAAACUCUUUCCAUCGUAGGGUUUAGCAGACUUUACACCAAAACCUCAGACAUUACUGCCCAUAGCUGGCAGCAGGCUGCAGGAAUGGAGGCCUGUCCACCGUUGCUCUGUGCUCUGUCAGGGCUCUUUACAAUUAAAAACACACUGUUCCAGUGUUUCUGCUUAGCUCAAAUAUCCCUCAGCUUCAGCCGUUUGUAGUUGAACUCAUGGCUGAAAAAGUGUAACUUUGGAUCAGCGCUGCAUCAACACCACUUCCUCCUCUCUGACCAAUCAAGUUAGGUCAACGUUUAUUUAAAUAUAAUGUCAUAAUUUCACACAUUUGAAGCAACCUCAGCUCACCAAAGGGCGUUACAGGUUAAACUACUGUUAGAAAUAUAACUUAUCAAAAUGUGAAGCUUGACUUGUAUUAAGAGCCUGGGGGGGCAGGAUUAAUUCACUUUGUUUUCAUGUUUUCUUAGAGAUGAUUCCUCAGAUGAAGUGAAUUAUAUUUCACAUAGAGCUAUUUAACAGCCUUAGAAAUAUUAUUAAGUGGAGGGAAAUCUCAUUUUUAAGCGUUGGUGAGCGGAGCUCUGAAACUGUAAGUGCAGAAAGUGCUUUUCUCAGACGCUGCAUCUUCAUCAGUUUGAGAAAAAACCCUCCAAACCUCAGCGGGGUGUGGUUGAACAAACAUUAGCUUCUGUGAUUUUUUAAAAUCAAAUAUAUUUUUAUUUCACGAUCCCCGUCGUCUUUGCUGCUGAUCAUUAGAUAAGUAAUCAAACAUCGUGAGAUUUCAUUACUUCUGUUGACAAACCGUGACCAUGGCGUUGUGACGUUUCACCACAUCUGAAGCAGGGAAAAAUGGCCGCCGUGUUAAUGUGCCGAGUUGUGUGCGACUAAAAUGACAACGCGAACGUGUCUGAGCAGCACGCCUGAACUUCCUGAGGAGUUGAAUGUUUGAUCCCACAGUGGGAGGCUUUUAUUAUGUAAUUAAGGACGGCGGUAGUUAAUGAGGCGUGGAGUAAGAUUCAUCUGAACCAGGAGGACUCUGGCUGUUAUAAAGAUGUCUUUGUUACCUGUAGAGGAUUCAUCUGAACCAGGAGGACUCUGGCUGUUGUAAAGAUGUCUUUGUUACCUGUAGAGGAUUCAUCUGAACCAGGAGGACUCUGGCUGUUAUAAAGCUGUCUUUGUUACCUGUAGAGGAUUCAUCUGAACCAGGAGGACUCUGGCUGUUGUAAAGAUGUCUUUGUUACCUGUAGAGGAUUCAUCUGAACCAGGAGGACUCUGGCUGUUAUAAAGAUGUCUUUGUUACCUGUAGAGGAUUCAUCUGAACCAGGAGGACUCUGGCUGUUAUAAAGCUGUCUUUGUUACCUGUAGAGGAUUCAUCUGAACCAGGAGGACUCUGGCUGUUGUAAAGAUGUCUUUGUUACCUGUAGAGGAUUCAUCUGAACCAGGAGGACUCUGGCUGUUAUAAAGAUGUCUUUGUUACCUGUAGAGGAUUCAUCUGAACCAGGAGGACUCUGGCUGUUAUAAAGAUGUCUUUGUUACCUGUAGAGGAUUCAUCUGAACCAGGAGGACUGUCUGUUAUAAAGCUGCCUGUGAAAUAGAUGUAGUUCUUUAAAGCCUUUUCCAUACUCUGUUCUUUUAAAUAACGUUUGAUAACGUGGUAUCAGUGAGUUUAGACAUCUGAGAAACUUCCUAAUUCCUGUCACAAACGUGUUUUCUUCUCCAUUUGUUCUUCAAAAAUGAUUUUUCCUGGUGUGAGUCCUGAUAAAGCAGCAGGAUUUUCUGAAGCCCUCUGGACCUUUACCUGAUCCACCCUAAAGUCUUCAGGAUCUCUGCCGCUCCUCCGAUAAAGGGACCAACCUGUGAGCGUCUCUCACAGCUGGGCGUUGUGCAAUGUUGACCUGUGGUUCAUGUGGACCAUGAAGGGACUGGUGACUGUUUUUAAUGACGGUACCUUUCUUAUCAAUGUGAACAGAAUAAUUAAUCCAAUAAAACAAUCUUUUAUAAUAAAACCUUGCUGCUCUCUUUCAGACAGAAUCUCUGCUCACAGCCUUCUUUGUUUCAAACAACUGAAAUUACUCUUCAUUAAGACCAAUUCAAACGUUCCGUGAAUUCAGUCAGUAUUCACUUUCUUCAGUUUAGUUCUGUUGCAUCCUGAUGCUUCAGUCGAUUAAGUUCAUUUUUAUUCUAAUUAAUCUACAC